UGUUAAUUAAACCAAAACCCUGUAGCUAGCUAGAUUUAAAUCUGAAAAUAACAAGUCUUCCAUUUCGCUUGUUGGAUUGUUUUAAAAGGAUAUUUACAUUAAGAAAAUAUGUCAGUCGGAGUACAGAAAGUCGAUAGUGUGCACGAAGGUGCGGUGUUUUCUGGUACAAAUUUGGUGUCCGAUUCAUCUUUCGUAAGAAACGAUACUAUUGUUGGUCUAAGAGAAAACAUUUCGGAUACCGCAGAACUGAUAAGCAACGAAAUUCUAAAUGGCGUCAGUGACUUACUGAGAACUGUACUUUCUGAAACGACCACACCAGGUCAAAGUGGUAACCUUCUACAAAACGAGUUCACUACAAAUUCUGUCAUCUUGGACAAUUACUCGAGCUUCACGACCCCUGAUGUGACGAUCUCUCGAAAGGAAGUGACGUCACAAGACGUCAUAGGUACAGCGGAAAAAGUCGUCAUCGGAGCAGCGGUGAUUGUGGUGGUAUUAGCGAUUAUUGCAAUAAUACUGAGACUAUGUGCCCCUUAUCUGCGGUCACGUGACAAAACUAAAUUGGACGAAAGCGACGAAGAAAAAACGCUGCCAUCGAUAGAAUCAUUUUCUUCAAAACUAAGUGGAAUAGCCAAUUUGGGCGCUGACAUUUCGUCAACAACGAGCGGAUUUGGCAGCACGCCAAGUCAGGACUGCUCGCGCUCUACCGGAAGUACACCCUUGUCUGACUGGAGCGACAACGCAAAAUCGGAAAACCGGUCCACGGACGGAAGUGACGAAAUGGCGGAAAAGAGAUUGAGCAGACCAAAAGUGGAAUUUGAGGGGAUGUCGUUAUCACGCAGCGCUGCAUCGGUGACGUCAAUUCCGGUUUACUGUGGCGACCCAAGUUUGCGAUCAACUGCGAGCAACAAAGGAUCGCCCGCUCUUUAUCGCAAACUUCCGGUUGAUCAGCUGUCGCAUGUUUCAUCCGGAUCUUUGGAGCCGGCCAGAUUCGAACAGAACUAUCGAGACCGCUGGGACGACCAAUGGGAUCCCCAGUGCUCCAUGCCACGUGGAAAUCUCAGUCACUUAAGCCAUCCUUCCGAGAGUAGGUUAAGUCUGAAUACUCUCAACUCAGUGACGUCAUCAACAUCGUCAUAUCCGUCUACUUCAAAUCCAUCUGUGCCGACAUUUCCGAUACCGUCACGGGAAUUCGUUCGUCAAUUAUACGCGGACAGCGAAAGACGAUAUCCUUCAAGUUCAAAAGCCCAGCAACCUCAAAAAAAAGAAAAUCACGUAAGACUAUCGCCAUCCGACGUCCGGAAAACUUCUCACUGAGAACGCCAGCGUAUGACGUCAUCUGAUGAUGUCUCGGCCAUUUUUGAAUACGUUGGCAAAAGAAAACUGUCUAUAUAUUGUAUAAGAUCAGAAUUGCUUCGAAGAAGUUUAGUAAAGCUUUUGCGUUUCACAGGAGUUGCGCGGAUGAAAUGAAGUUUCGAUAAAAGGAAGAAGGGAGACACAUUUUUCUUGUGCCGUUAUUUAAUUGAUGAUUAUAAUUCAAUGUUUUCACGACAAACAAACAUUUGAUUUAAUGAUUUAUAUGCACAAAUUACAUAAAGUACUUCUGUGCAUUUUUUUCAUUUUUUCCUCUCUAAAUCCAUAAACAAACUUAAAAUCUCGAAGGAAACACGUAUUUUACGGGUUUUUAGUUUUGAGCGUUAGCUCACAACUAAUGUAGAGAGGCAGUUUUGCAAGUCAGUCUUCUGUAAGCUACGCUAGGAACGAUAACUGCAAGUCAGUCUGUUGUUAGCUAUGCUAGGAACGAUAACCACUGCCUGUUUAUACAUCACCACUGGUACACUGCAGCAGACACGUAUGUAAACAAUAAGCUUACGAGAUUGUGCGACGAUAUUGGCCAGUCUAGUGUUUAUAACAGCGUGUGCGACGAUAUUGGCCAGUCUAGUGUUUAUAACAGCUUGUGCGACGACAUUUGCCAGUUUAUGAUUGAAAUCUGUGCAUAUUGGCUGCUUUCAGGGAAAACGGGGCUUAAUGCUGCAUUAAAAAAAGGUCAUGUAAGCAAAAUUGUUGCUCAAUAAUUUAAAGAAAAUAGAUAAAGUAUUAGAUACACAUAACAAACCAUGUAAAUGAUUAUAGGCUUGUUAUUCUUUAGCAAGGCAACCGAAAUUCUAAAGAUGGUUACCAGUGCAGCAACCAAUUGUGAAAAAAGAGACAUAUUGUUGUUAUUUUGUCUAAGUUAUCUCUAUUACAUAAAUAUGAGGAUUAACAGUGCACACACAUAUCGACCUGUGCUUUAAGACACACUCUUUAUAAAUGUGAAUGGGAUGUGUUCAUUUCAAACUUACGAUAUAAAAAGCUAUAACAUAAUUUUGAAAACUGAGUUGCGUCUAAGAUUAUGUAAUAGCGAACAACUUCAGUGCCUUCAGCGCUUUGAUUAUUGUAUGCUGUUACACUUGAAAUGGUGACAUAAAUUGUAUUGUGUAUGGUGUUUUCUCUCUUUCGUGUUUAUAGGCAAUAUUUAUGUCAGUAAAAAAUCGUGUAGCGCGCUUUUAAAAUACACAAAAUAGAUUACACGUACUUGCAUUUUUGCCAAAUGUAUAGGUAUACUAUUUCCUUUUAAGAUAACACGACCUACCAUAUAUUGAUGGUCGCUGGCUUUUUAAACGGGUUUUAUUCUCAGUUUCAUAUAAAGUAUCACUCUCAGACAAUACAUCAAUAUUGCGAACUUAACGAACUUUAUGGUUUCAUUAAACUUGUUUCCGACAAUGAGCUUUUAAUGCAAAUUCUCAAAUAGUUUUCUUUUAUUACUGUUUGCCAAUAAUUAUUUUUAAGUGAAAUAUUAAGUGUUUCUUUUCAAUAUUGUUUAUGGACAUGACCGUGUUUUUUAUCAAUUUAUUAAUUUUAAGAAUAUUCAAAUAAAACAUCCAUUCCUUUUUAUCUAUUUUGUUUUAUUAACUUUUGUUUAAACCAAAAUUGAUAGUUUAUUUAUUUGUGUUGAUAUACAAUUGCAUAAUAUGUGUUUGUUGUUUCUUAAUUUAUUUACUCGCUUUAUUCAUAGUUGUGUUCUGCAAAUAGUGUUGUACUAUCUACAAAAUAUAACCAAAUCUAUAUUCUAAUAGACAUGUGUUACUGACGUUAAAAUGCAUUGUUCGGUGAUAUAAUAGAUUAAAAUGUAUGUGUGAUUAUAGAUAAUAAUGAAUGUAUGCAUGUAUAUAUUGAUGUAUAUAAUUUAAUGAGCGUUGUAUGAUUGCGUAUCGACUGUAAACAAGUAGCCGCCAUCAAAGGCAAAAAUAGCAACAACAUAAUUAUAAAUUCACCAUACAUGAUCAAGAUUAUCAUUAUGAUCACCAUCUUCAUCCUAAUAAUCAUCAUAAUGCUCAACAACAACAACAGCAACAGAAAACAAUAACAUAAUCAUCAUCCCCUCACCAUAACACCAUCGGAAUCAUACACCACCCUCUUCACCACUUCUCAACAAUAUAAAUAUAAUCAUUAUCAUGAUAGUCAUAGUUAUGAUACAUAUGAUUAUUAUUGUCGGCAUUAGCAUCGACAACCUAUUGUCGUAUUGUUCUUAUAUUGUUUACAAACCUAAGGACAUCAAUAAACCUUGUCAAUGUUUGCAUGUUCUUAUUUGCGCGUAAUGGUUUGGAUUUCAUGUGUGUUUCUGCUAUUUUUUGUUGUUGUAUGUUGUAUAUUUAGAGUCAGUGAGAUGAAACAUUUUAUGGCAUAAAAUAAAUUGUAAAAUUAAA